AUGGUGAACCUCUUGGGUGCCUCGAACAUAUCCAAUUCCACUGAGAACGGCGACCGUAGCUGCAUUAUGGACACUACCUUGGCACCAUUUUCUCUUCCUUUUAAGGUUGUAGAAGAGCUGAAAGAGUUAUGGAGAAUGGCUUUGCCAAUAACAGCAAUGAACUGUUUAAUCAAGGACAAUACAUUGUUGUUGAAGAAGAAGAACAAGAGCUAUGGCUAUGGCUAUGGCUAUGGCUAUGGCUAUGGCUAUGGCUAUGGCUAUGGCUAUGGCUAUGGCUAUGGCUAUGGCUAUGGCUAUGGCUAUGGCUAUGGCUAUGGCUAUGGCUAUGGCUAUGGCUAUGGCUAUGGCUAUGGCUAUGGCUAUGGCUAUGGCUAUGGCUAUGGCUAUGGCUAUGGCUAUGGCUAUGGCUAUGGCUAUGGCAUGGAUAAUCCAAGAAACAGCCAUGAGAGAGAGAACUGA